UUUUUUUUAUAUUCUGUUACAGAACAAUUUAUAUUUACUACGAGAAAACAGUAUCGAAUACAUAUGAAUGUUCAAAACGUAAAUCCUCUAAAUGUUCGAUUAAAUAUGAUAUCAGGUAACUUGUUACCUAUGACUGCCGAUAAUUCGUCGUUUUCGAUAUUUUGGAAAAUAUACAGCAUACUGAUAUGGUUACUCGAAGUAAUCCAAACAUGCGUGCUAAUUCCUGGAUGCAUCUUUGUACCGAAAGAAAAAGCCUUAAAAGAUGGUAUAAUCGGUAUUGUGAUCACCAUCGAAGUAGUUUCUGUAUUCAUACGAAUUCACACGCGAAGAGAACUGGUACAACAAGUAAUUCAGAAACUGAACGAUAUCCUACGCAUGGAAGACGACAUGAUGAGGAGCGUAGUGAUGGCAACCAUAAAACCAAUAGAGAUUCCACUUAAAUUUUACUGGAUGGCCGGCGUGAUGUCCAUAGUAUUAUGGAGCGGUACACCAUUGAUAUUGAUCCUUCAAAGACGUUCCUUUUUUUAUGUAGAUUAUCGGAUGCCAGUUGUCUAUUCCAAAGAACCAUUCUCGACUGGUAUCUUUGUAUUGGGAAGUAUUAUUGUGUUGACCAGCAGCGCAUAUAUUUUUACAAAGAAAGUGAGCAUGGAUAGUUAUAUAAUAAAUUUGAUGCUACUGAUAACAGCACAAUAUAAAUACAUUGCAUUGAAGCUAUCAACAAUAUUUCAAGAUGGAUUACAUCAAAGUAAUAAUAACAAAUUGAAUAAGGACGGUCAUUUUAACAAAGAUUAUUAUGCAGAAAGAAAUAUAAAAGCUAUAUGUCGGCAUCAUAAUACAGUCAUUCAUAUAAUGAUAAUGAUGAGAGAACUAUUGUCUUUAAAUAUUAGUCUGAUGUACAUAAUCAGCGUGUUUCGAUUCUGCUGUAUUGCUAUCCUGAUGAUUUCAAUACCAUCAGUGACUUUAUGGGAAAUAUUCUUGCAACUUAUGUACGCAAGUGGCGGAGUAGUGCAACUUUACAUAUUAUGUUAUUGUAUGCAGCAAUUAUUAGAUGCGAGUAUCGAAAUAACGGAUUACGCAUUUCAUGAAGAAUGGUACCAAUAUGGAGAAUCUAUAAAACGUACAUUUAUGUUUAUGAUAAUGGCUAAUAAUUUAGAAAUUAAACUUUCGACGUUUGAAAAAUACAAUCUAUCUCUGGCCUCAUUCAUGGCGAUUUUAAAUCAAUCGUAUUCAAUCGCGCUUUUGUUAUAUAGAACUAAUUAAAAAAUGCACUGCUGUUCAGAUUUUACAUAUCGUAAGUAUGCUUCUUA